AUGACUCUUGUUCUUGUUGUUCUUGCUACAUUUCUAUUAACUGUUCAAAUUCAUACAUAUCCUAAUGGUGCACCAACAAAAGUAUGCAUCGGUCCUAUGAUACCACAUCAUCAUCAUAUUGCACCACAACCACCGGAAACAAGUCCAAUAACAAAAUUUAAUACGGCAUGGAAUCCUGAUAAUGAAACAGUAUCUAUUCGAAUCGAAUCAAAUCAACCAAUUAAAGGUGUAUUUAUACAAGGUCGAAUAGUAAAUGGUAAUGAGCCACUGGGCACAUUUGUUAAUAUUCCAUCAGAAACACAUCUUGUUCAAUGUCCAACUGGUGAUGGUAUAACACAUAGUUCUCCUCAAAGAUGGACACAACUUCAAUUGACAUGGAAAAAACCAAUAUCAUUAACGAGUCAAGAACAAAUUCAAUUUUGGGCAACUAUUGUUGUUGAUUUUAAAAAUUUUUGGGUCGUAAAAAGUCUGCCUACGGAAUUAAAAAAUGGAAAAAAUGUUAUAACUUUCAUGGAUAUGGUCAAUAAUAUGAAAAAAACGGCAUAUCAAAUGAUGAAAUGGGCAAAAAAUAAUGUUUUUCAAUAUGAUUGA